AUGUCCGGCAUCGCAGCAUCGCGACUUGGAGAGGAACGUAAAGCGUGGCGCAAAGACCACCCCUAUGGAUUUGUGGCUCGCCCCGUGAAGAACCUCGAUGGAUCACUGAACCUCAUGACAUGGGAGUGUGCCAUUCCCGGAAAGAAAGGAACAGCCUGGGAAGGUGGACUAUACAGACUGAAGAUGAUUUUUAAGGAUGAUUACCCGACCAGCCCUCCAAAGUGCAAGUUUGAGCCGCCGUUGUUCCACCCGAACGUGUAUCCAUCCGGUACGGUGUGCCUGUCACUACUGGACGAAGAAAAGGAUUGGCGUCCUGCGAUCACGAUUAAACAAAUAUUGCUCGGUAUACAAGAUCUGCUAAACGAACCCAAUAUUAAGGACCCGGCACAGGCAGAGGCAUACACAAUAUAUUGCCAAAACCGACUGGAGUAUGAAAAACGAGUGCGUGCUCAGGCCAGAGCUAUGUCAGCCACAGAUUGA